CUCCAACUAGUUUUAAAGCUACAUUAGAGAAUUGUCGACGACUUAAACCUAACACUACCUGUUUACAUUUUUGUUUCUUGUGUGAGACAGAUAAUAGGUAGAUGAGCACUCUGCAGCUUUGCUGUUGUUUGAAAAUCGUGGUUACUGUAGAUGGCUACAGCUUUGGACAUGCAUUCCGAGCGCAAUUAAAAAAGCACGGAUGCCCUGAUGGAAUAUUCUUCGAUUGGUUCUAUGAUACAUGCUAUGCAAAGUCAACUGACUUCCCAUUUUAUGAAAGACAUACCGUGUCUUGUGUAACACACUGGAUGUUCUCUUAUCUUAUGCACUUUGAUGAUUAUGGAUCCAAGAUAGCCUGCUACUGGUAUUGACUCCAUGCUCGUGGCGAAAUAAG